AUGCUAUAUCAUUUGGGUCAGUUAUCAGUCAAAGAAGGUGAUCCCAUGGGAGCUUGUGGUAUCUCGCUGCAUCCUCCAACCCUUUCUGCUGUAUUGCGUCAGCAGUCAUCAGCAGAAAGUGCCACGGACACAUCCACCACUCUUCACCCUCAAUCAUCUAGUGAUAGUGACAAACGGGCAUCUAGCCUCGACCCUCAGUCAUCGUAUGACAGUGUCAGUGAUUAUCCAACAUCUGACACUGAUGAUCUAUCUUGCAAUGUUUAUAAUUUCUAUCCUAGAGGAUGGGCAGUGUCUGGUCAGCAAGUUGUGUCAGGACAGCCACUGUCUGUCCGGGGAGUCCUCAACCAACUGGAAGGCAAACAGUACAGAAAGCCCUGUUCCAUUGUGUCUAAUCCUAUGGAAGAUUUAUGGCAGGAAUCUGAUGAGAAAACAAAAGUGGUGGAUGCAGGCAAUGUCUAUCAACAUGGUAGCUUAAGAUGCAUGAAUGGACCUGCUGGGUUUUCCAGAAGGAGUGAGACACUACUGAAAGUUCGGAGGGGUUCAUCGGAGUGUACUUAUCCAUAUCGGUGUAUCCCUGGGAAGGUUAUUUGCCAGAACAUACAGUAUUCAGCGCCUGGCAAAGCUGAGCAGGAGAUUGUGAAAGAGGCUGCUGAGUAUUAUCAGAGAGCAGUUUCUUCUGCUCAAGAACGCAGAGAAUGGGCCAAGAAAAGUUUUAGUUCAACCAGUGAAGAUGAUGGGCCACCAUGUAAAUUCUCAUUCUCUGACACUAAAGAAAAAACAGUUGUUACACAAGAACCUAAGAGACACCCUGUGAGAAUUAACAGUGAAGCUGACCUAAGUAGAGCUACAAAUAUAAUAAAAGAAAAUCUUGCAAACAUUGUUGAAAACUAUCUUGUAAAACAUGGCAGUUCUGAAUAUCAACACCUUAUUCCAAAGGCUAAAGGUAAUGGUGAUAGAAGCAUUGAGGCAGAUACCCAUAAUGGCAGUCAAGGUGUUAAUGUGAAUGUCAGAGACAAGGUCAUUCAUACAACCACAUCCAGGGUUCUGAAUGACCAAUAUGAAGUUACCAAGACACAAGAUGUGCAACAGAUCAGUAUAUCCAUAAGCUUUGAAGAUGAUGAAAAGUUAGUCACUGAAAUUAUUGGAGGCUGUGAUGAAGGUCUUGUGUCUGUUAUUGAUACAAAGAAGGCUUCAGUACAGGGCUUCAGUGAGGAAGAAGUAAGUAAAUACUUUGCAAAACAAGAAGAAAGUCCUGAUAAAUCAGUAGAAGAAGAUCAGUCUCCAGUUCUCUCUCCAGUAAGUGGGAAAAGUGGGAGUAAAUCCUCAGGAAGAAGUGAAAAGAAGUUAGUGAAGAGUGAAGAACUUUUGCCACCUACUAUGAAGCGUGAAAGUUGUAUUGAUAUUCCAAAUAAUGAUGAUGAAUUCAGAAGUGUGACAAGGUUUGAGGACCAGAGCAUUCAAGAGAGAGCCUGGCUGGAAAAGGAGGAAUUGCCAGGCUCCCUUAUUGUAAAGAGUGAGGCAGUCAUCAACAUUUCUGAAACAUUUAUUGGAAAUGGAAACCUUGAUGAACCUAGUAGAUCUAAUGAGAAGAUGCUAGAAAUGCUCCAAAUCCACAAAAAUGGUGUAAUGGAAGAUUCCCAGACAAAAGAAGAUAUCUCAGAGAAGCCAAUUGACUUCAAAACUGAAAGUGGGGUAAGAGAAAAGGAGUCAGUUGAAGUAAACAAAAUUGCUGAUGAAUCACUAAUUUCAAAAGAGAGUUCACUGAUCACUGAAUCACUUGAAAAAGAGGAAAAAGUUUCAAGUCCAGUUACUGUAUAUUCUGCUGAUAUUGACUCCAUUUCAGUUGAGAACAUAGAUUCAUAUGUAGUCAAAGAUAUUAAUCAGUCAUUAGCAAAUAAUGAUAACAAGUAUUCUGAUAUACCCAUUAUUUUAGACAGUACCCAGGAAAACAUAGCUGUUAAUGAAAAGAAAAAUCAUAAACUUUCUCUUAUUAGUGAAGUCGAAGAAAAUGAGGAUGGCAAUCAUUUAGAGGUCCAAGAGAAAGGCCAGGUUGAAGAAGUGAGUGAUGAUGAUAGUUCACAAAAACCAAGAUGUCUCAAAGAUAUACACAAAUUGAAUACAAAAUCCAGCACCACAAGUGAGAGUUCAUUUGAAUCACUUCCAUACAGAAUGCUUUCAUCACAGCCAGAUAGCCUGAAUGAUGAUUUAGGAUUGGUCAUAGAACUGACUAGUGCACCAAUAGAUUCAGAAAAGGCUUUAGCUGCAAAACGGGAGUUGAUCAGGCAAGAGCGAAUGGCUGCAAUGUCUCUUAUGAGUGGAACACUGUUAGAAUCAAGAGAUGAAAUAAGAUCUGAAGCCAUCUUUGAGAAAGGGUCUGAGUUUGAUACUGUUGAUGUUGAAAAGUGCACUAAUAUGGAUGCAGUCCAUGGGGAGGAGAAUAUUGAAGUGAAUGCCAUGGCAGCAGGAGCUUCUACUCAGGAAGAUGAAAGAGAAAGUUACCCUAGCUCCUUGUUUGAUUCUGGUGUGGAUAUAGCAAUGCAUGAACAUGUGAGCAGCAUAAAUUCAUCCCUUAGCAAGUCACUGGUCAGUCCAGUAGAAUCUGCAGCAGAGUCAGGUUUUUCAAGUUUGAAGGAACCUCUUGUACCAGAGGGAGCCAUGGUCGAAGAUAGUGGGCCAGGUGAGCACAGGGGAGUUUGCUUAAGUAAAUCAAAAGAUAGUCUUGAUCUCACUGACACAGAUAAGUUCCCUGGUACGGAUACCCUCUCAGAUGACAUGGAAACACUCUCUUCCAAUGCUGGUGAUAUUACCCUUGUGGAAAGUGGUCCUGUCUCUAAGGAAGGAUCUGCAAGAGGAAGUGUCUCUGAUGGCAUUUAUCAAGACAAUGGAUACUUGAGAUAUGGCUCGGAAUCAUCUCAUCUAGAUCUAGAUUCAGUUGGAAUUCCUAAUACAUAUCUUAAAGGUACACAUUAUGAGACUGCAGCAGCUGUAGAUGAUAUGUCUGGAAGGGAUGAAUUCUCUCCAAAUGCUGGAGGAGAAAAAUUGACUCAACAAAAUCUGAUGAGACAUGCGGAGAAGACCUCUAUAUCAACAGAUAUUGUAGAUUAUUGCAAUAGGUUGCAGAAACUCUCAAUGGAUUAUGAUAAAGCUAGCACAGUAGAGAAAUUUGAUCAAAAGUCUGCCAAAUACUUGCCUGAUGAAAGUGAAGCAUCAAAGAGAAAGACCAGUGAGUCUAUUUCAUCAGAAGAUACAGUUAUAUCAAAGGUGUCUGCUGAGGAACAGAAUAAUAAGAUUCAGUCACAAGGAUCACAGGAAGACCAGAUGGAGCUCCCAGAGAGCCAUCAGGAAUGUUCAGAAUAUGAGGAUAUAAGCAAGACAGGGGACCCUGACAAAGGGAAGGAAAGUGGGGAGCCAUGCAAGUCUCCGACAAGUCACAUUGGAAUGAACAGUAGAAUUAGCAUCAGCAGUGGUGAAGGAGUAGAACAUGAAGAUAAAAGGUCUGCUGUUACAGCUUCAGUAUCAUCAGGAGCUGACCAGACUUGUGACAUUGUAACUGAGGGUAUAUUGGAGGAAAAGGAGGGAUUGUCAGAUGUGAUGAACAGUGUAGACACAACAGAGCUGAAAGGUGAUGAAGAAAUGAAUGGAAGUUCACCUACUGGUUCAGUCGAAAGAAAACAGUCUUCAGUGGGAUACAAAUCCCGAGGUUCUACACUAACAUCAUCCACCAGUCAGUCUGAAGAGAUCCCUAGAGAUGUCAGUGCAGCUGAAAAAGUUCCUAGCCAAGAAAAUGAUUCACCAAAGGAUUCUACAACAAAACAUGUGUUUCAUGAUGCAAUAAAGCAGAGCCAUCAGUCAGAGAAGACCUCCAUAUCUGGUGCAGAGGAGAAGGAGAGUAACAGUCAGCCAGUUCCUGCUUCUGAGGCAGAAAAGAGCAGAAAGUCUAAUAAAUCAAAGAGUGAUGUAAGUGACAAAUCAAGUCCAAAUGCCCGGGAAACAUGUAGCAAUUCAGACAGACCAAGCCGGCACUCAAGUAGAAGUGGAGUUUCUGACCUAGAGGAUGAGGUAUUCCUUCCACCAAGUGAAAAUUACAUCUUUGAUGGUAGACCUGUAAUUUAUUGUCCAAAAAUAGAUAUGGCAGAUCAAAUAGGAAUUGAACACCCACAAGUUGCUAUGAGUGUAUUUGCAGUCAUUCCAUCUAAGGAAAUUAAAAGUGGCAAGGAUGGCCGAUGGGAAGAGCAUAUGGGUAAAGGGAGUGUAUUCAAGAUGGCUGAUUAUUAUGCAGCACAGGAUAGCAAAAUUCAGAAGGAAGAGAAGGAUAAACCUCUUGUUGUAUCAGAAUUUAGGAAGAUAUCAGAGGGAUUCACUGUGGCAGAAGACAGUGUUCUGAUAGAAGAAGAACAGCCCAAAGCUCCUGUUGACUCUGACACCAGUGAUGAAAAUGUUGAAUGGAAGAACAAGAAUGCGGAGAGCAAAGUUCCUUUGAGGUGCACAGGAGGUGCCCCAUUAACAGAUGAUUACACUCACAUAGAGGAAGAGGAGAUACAUCCCAUAACAACUGAUCAAGAAUUGAAAGACUCAAAGACAGAUAAUGAAGGAUGGGUACCUUCAAAAGAGUUGACAAAUGUAAAUAAAAUUGAUAAUGGAGCUUUGGGUGAAGCUAAGGCAGAAAAGGUAAGUGAUACUAAAAGUUCCAGCAAGCCAGCAAGAGUGAUUCAUCCAGCAGUGAGGUCAAAGAGAGCAGAUGGUAGUGUUCAGAGCAAACAGAAAAAUAUUGAGGAGGUGCAUGGUCCACAGACUGUCCUAAAGUCUGGAGUAUCAGAUACGGAGAGCAAAAGCCAUAGAGAAUCUGCUAUUUAUGAUGAUCGAGUUAGGUCAUACGAGAGUGAAUGGGUGAUUGCAGCAGAUGGACAUACUAUUAUUAAUCCUGUUUUUCAAGAAUCUCCUAUAUCCCCAUUCACAACUCAGACUAACAAUUUGAUAGAGGUCGCACAGAAGCCUUCAGAUUACAGAGUCUUUGAUUUAAGCAAACCAGCCUUAGAUGAAGCUGUUGACCAUUCCAAACCAAAGCUGGCACGAAUGGCCAACUUGGAAAGGUCUGACACAGCUAUAGCCAUACAGAGAGUAUCAGAUACAGAGGUGCUUCCAGUCAAUAAAGUGGCAAUAAAGAUUUUAGAUAAUGAUGAAAGUAUACCGCAGUCCCCAAUAUUGUCUCCAAUUUCUCCAAAAUUUACCUGUAAGACAAACUCAUCAUUUUCAGGUGCCAAGGAAGCUGUGGCUGCUGAAGAAACGAUUACACGAAGAAGAACAGGUUCAGAUGCAAAUGAUAACACCAUUGGGGACAGGGUGAAUGAGAAGCGCUUAAUUACUUCAAAGAGGGAAGGCAAGGUUUUCGAUUUUGACAAAGUUCCCGACCUGGAAGAAUGUAAAUCACAAGGAACAGGUUCUCUGAGGUCUAAAGAGAGUGAAGAGAGUGAAGUCAGCAAUGUAACCUCAAAUGAAGAAUAUUCUGCCAAAUCUGAACCAGAGAUGAAGACAGAGGGAAAUGAAAGACUCUCCACUCUGACACUUGAUGAACAAAGAUCAGUUUCCAAAGGGGACA